UAAGCCUACUCGUUUCUUUUCACAUUCAAAUUUUAGAUUUUUGGAUCGCAUAUUUAGAGUAUCAACAUGUCUUCUUCAGGAAAGCUUCUUGGUCUGUUCUCUCUUCUAUUUGUAUUCUGUGUAAUGACGGAGGCAACUCCAGGAGCUUUUGCGGAUAACAGAGUUAAUGUUCCUCAGAAGCAAACCUUCAUCAACGUCCCAAUGAAUCAGGAAAUAGAUGUCGAAGGUUCAGAUGAUGAUGUGGACAGUACCAGUUCAGAAUCAUCCACUUCAUCCGAAGUCGACACGGACACUGAUACGGACACCGACACCAACGAUGCCGAUGCAGCAACCGGAUUGAACGCAGUCGGGAGCGGGGACCAAGUUGGCGGGAAUCUUCUUCCCAUCUUGUCUGGAAACGGAAAGCACUUGCCCAAUACUGGAGUCCAGGGCCGGGGCCAGAAUCAAAUGUUCGGCAGGGAAUCUGGGAGUUCUGGACAGAGUGUUGGGAUUGCUUUCGCUGUCUUAGCGCUGGUAGCUCUGGUAGUAGUAGGUGCUUUCUUUGUUAUUAGGAGGCAAAGAAGUUCUCAUGCUUUAGCAAGAUACGAAGAGCAGCAGAUGAUUGAGAAAUCCUAGCUUUGUUUCUCACUUAGUAAUUCGACACAACUAAAUAUGUUCUAAUAAUGACACUGUCUUAGUUAGUGGCCAAAAUGCUUUCGCAAGAUUCGAACAGAAGCAGUGCAACUAAAUAAUUGAAAAUUGUCAAUGCAAAUGUGAAGUAGACGUAGACUGUUUCUGCAUGUAUACAAAGGGAGAAUUCAAUUAUGUUUUAAACUACUAAAAACAAAUAAUGAAACUGGAAAGAUUCAGCCUAGACUAGACAUGCACAUUUUGUGUCAAGAUAUUGCCUUAUUAUUUUUAUAUUUCUGACAGUUUUCUGCGUCCGUUUAGUUUUGACUGUAGAUGAUGUAUAAUCAAAAUCUCUUUUUUAAUAUUUAAUGUUUAUUUAUGUUAUUUUUCUCAUUAAGUCUUUUAAAUUACACUAUCAUUUUAAAGUAAUUUGAUCUCUUUCGGUGAGCUGACCUGCUCCAUAUAGGUAAUAAUUAUUGUGAUUUUUUUUUCUUCUUUUUUCUUCAAAAUCAUUAACCAAAUGAAGUAAAUAUUGUUGAUUUAUUUAGUGCAAUCUAUAAUUUCACAGUGAUCAUUUCCAUUACAUUUAUAUUUCUUAUUUAUUGAAUAA